GCUGCGAUGGGAACCCGGAGAGGUGGGCUUGGAGAGGAAGGGCGCGGGGGUUGCUGGCUGGCUGCAAACUCCGCCCGGCGAACUCUUUAUUCCUGGAGGGGGAAGAUUUAUAGGAGGGGUCUGGGCUCGUGGUCUUGCACAACUUUUAGAGCAUCGGCGGCAGCGAGAACCCGAGAGCCGCCACCCUAGCACCUCGGGAGCCUUUCUCGCUCCGAAAUUCCUGCCCCGCCCCAGCCCCUCCGCAGCCCGCGGUGCUGCAGGGCGGCCGAGCUCGGUCCGGCUUCCUCCCGCCUCCCCUGCCCCCAGCUUUCAGGCCUCUGCCGCAGACAUGGAGAAACUCAGGCUGCGCAGCCCCUGGGUGCCCUCGUGCCUCGGGCAGCCCCGAGUCCUGCCCGGCCGUCUGGCCAGGUCCUCACCCUCGCUCUGGGACAGCGCGCUGCAGGAGCAGAAGGGCGAGCUGCGCAAGCGGCUGUCCUACACCACGCACAAGCUGGAGAAGCUGGAGACCGAGUUCGACUCCACACGCCACUUCCUGGAGAUUGAGCUGCGGCGCGCGCAGGAGGAGCUGGAGAAAGUCACGGAGAAGCUGCGCCGGAUUCAGACCAACUACAUGGCGCUGCAGAGGAUCAACCAGGAGCUGGAGGACAAGCUGUACCGCAUGGGUCAGCACUAUGAGGAAGAGAAACGUGCACUGAGCCACGAGAUUGUCGCCCUCAACAGCCACCUGCUGGAGGCCAAGGUGACCAUCGACAAGCUGUCAGAGGACAACGAGCUCUAUAGGAAGGACUGCAAUCUAGCGGCCCAGCUGCUGCAGUGCAGCCAGACCUACGGCAGGGUCCAUAAGGUGUCCGAGCUGCCCUCGGACUUCCAGGAGCGCGUGAGCCUGCACCUGGAGAAGCACGGCCGCAGCCUGCCCUCCCCGCUCUGCCGCCCGGCCUACGCCGACAGUGUCCCCACCUGCGUCAUCGCCAAGGUGCUGGAGAAGCCCGACCCCGCCAGCCUGUCCUCCCACUUGUCGGAUGCCUCAGCCCGCGACCUGGCCUUCCGCGACAGCGUGGACACGUCAGACCCGCGGUCCCCGUACAAGGAGGACGUCUGCUGCGGUGAAUCGGCCCUCUACCACCCCAAGGAGCCGGAGCUCGACCAGCGGCCCAGCAUGGACGCACCCGGGGCCGACGUGGGCUUCCUGCAGGCCCAGAAUUCCACCGACAGCACAGCCGAGGAGGAGGAGGAGGAGGAGGGGGCCGAGGCAGCGGCCUUCUCCACCAGCUUCCGCCACGAUGCCUUCCCGGGCUACGCGGGCUCGCUCCCCACGUCCAGCUCCUACUCCAGCUUCAGCGCCACUUCCGAGGAGAAGGAGCAUGCGCAGGCCAGCACGCUCACCGCCUCGCAGCAGGCUAUCUACCUGCGGAGCCGCGACGAGCUCUUCAGCCGCAAGCUGCCCACCUACGAGAGCGGCCCCCGCUUCGCCAAGGCGGCAGCCGCGAUGGCCUCCCCACUCGAGGCCGAGGUGGCCCCUGGGUUCUCUGGAACAACGUCCCCGUACCCGACCGAGUCUUUCCGAUUCCCGGCCUCCCUGGGCCCCCAGCAGGCCCUGAUGCCCCCGAACCUGUGGAGCCUGCGUGCCAAGCCGGGGUCCGCCCGGCUCUCCAGGGAUGAUAUGCGGGCCCACUGGCGGCCCCUGAGCGUCGAGGACAUCGGUGCCUACUCCUUCCCGGCUGCCACCGCAGGCCGCGGCUCCCCCCGCAGCUUCUCCGAACGCUACUACGGUGGCAGCAUGAGCAGCCCGGGCCGGAAGGCCGAGGGCCGUGGCAGCCCCCUCUACGCGAGCUACAAGGCCGACAGCUUCUCCGAGGGGGACGAGCUCUCCCAGGCCCACCUGGCAGAGCCCUGCUUCCUCCGGGCGGGCAGUGGCCUGAGCCUCAGUCCCAGCCACUCUGCCGACCCUCUCCCCAGCUACGAGCCCAGCAACAGGGACGGGGACAGGCUCGGGGUGCAGCUGUGCGGGGCGGGCAGCAGCCCUGAGCCCGAGCACGGCUCCAGGGAGUCUUUGGAGCCCAGUUCCAUGGAGGCCUCGCCGGAGAUGCGCCCCGCCGCCCGCCCAGGGCCCCAGCAGGCCUUCCCGCGGACUGGCAGCUCCGGGCUGAGCCGCAAGGACAGCCUGACCAAGGCCCAGCUCUACGGAACGCUGCUCAACUGAGCGCUCUGCCAACCCCGCCCGCCCAGUGUGGCGCCCAGGGGGCGACCUCCCGCCCCACACCCAGCCCCUGCAACAGGAUCGCCCGUGCCCGCAGACAACCCCUCUGCACCCAGCCCGUGUAGCCCGAGAGGAGGCCCCUCACCCACAUCGUCUGUCCCUAGCCCUGCCCUGCAGACCCGCGUAGAACCUUCCCGCACCCCAGCGUCCCCCUGCCCAAGGUGAGCAACCCCCCUUUUGUAAGGUGAAACUAUUUUUAUAGAGACAAAGGGUCUUUCAGCACCCUUACCCUCCAGCCCCCUGGACGGUGGCCUUGGUGUUUUCAACACAAAGCUCCUUUCUUUUUCCAGUGAGGGUGCAUGGGGUCUGACCCCAGGAGGGGACACACCAGACUCCAGUGGUGGGGAGACACCCAGUGAGCCAGCAGCAAGGGGACCCUGAAGCUCUGUCCACAAGAGGGGAAGCAAACCCAGUAGAG